AUGAAUAACGAACAAUUCCGGAAGCUUUUGGGUGCCGAAUCGAGCAAAUCCCUGUCUCCGAGCAAUGGAACGCCCCAGAGCAACGCCAGUCCAGCCGCUUCCGGGGCGUUGGGAUCGCGACAACGAUCGAGCAUUCCCAUGACUCCGCGCUCUGUUGGGAUCGGAAAUAGUCGAAACGAGUUUGCGCGACAGCUUGCUGCAAGGAAUCAAGAGACCCAGCCGCAAAAGAAAUUUCGCACAUCAACACCGAAAGGAUCGAGACUCGCGGAGGGCUAUGUUGACCGAGCACGAGACCGAGCUGAUGAGGAAGAAGACGACCGCGCCAAGCGGAUAAAAGCGCUAGAGGAGGCGCUGAAGAACGAAGAAAUUGACCAGGCGACAUUCGAGAAGCUUUCCAGCGAAAUCGCCGGAGGAGAUCUUUCGAGCACGCAUUUGAUAAAGGGUUUGGACUUUAAGCUCCUGGAAAGGGUGCGAAAGGGCGAAGACGUCUACGGAGACAAAAAAGGUGGCGACGAAGAAGAGGAGGUUCCGCCUGAGGAGGAAGUAGACGAAGCAUUCGACAAGUUGGAGGAGACAGAGGUGCAGGCCGUCGAAAAGGAAAAGGCGAAGAAGAAGGGCCAGUUCGCACCCGUGGCGCUUGCUCCCGGGAGGAAGAGAACCCGAGACCAGAUUCUGGCCGAGUUGAAGGCCUCGAGAGAGGCCGCCAAGGCCCAGCAGGAAGCCGCACUGGGCAACAAGUUCAAGAAGAUCGGCGCCAAGCAACAGCCCGGGACCCGUAUCGAACGAGAUAGCAAAGGCCGCGAAGUUAUGAUUAUCGUCGACGAAGAUGGGCACGAGAAGAGAAAGGUUCGCAAGAUCCAAGCAGGCGCCGAUGAGGAACAACGUAAGGAAUUCGUCCCGGACAAGGACGCGAAACCGCUAGGGAUGGAGGUGCCCGAGUUCUACAGAAAGAAGCAGGAGGAGGUCGAAGAAGACGACAACGACGAUAUCUUCGCCGAUGCAGGGGACGAUUACGACCCGCUCGCCGGGAUGGACGACAGCUCCGACGAGGACAGCGAAGGCGAGGUCAAGGACACGACAGAGGCCAAGGACAAGACAGAGGUCAAGGACGAGCGCAGCGCCGACACAAUAGCGAUGCCGCCGCCACCACGGCCGGCGCAGGCCCGCAACUACUUCAAGGACGCAAAGACGGAGCUCAUCUCGUCGCAGACCCUUAAAGGGCCCUCAAUGUCGGACCCGGCCAUCCAGGCUGCUUUCAAGAGGGCCGCACAGCUCAACGCAGCGAACAGAGACCAGGAUCACGACGAGGACGUGGAAGACGACCAGGAGGCCAGGGCUCGGCGGGAGCGCCACAAGAGAAUGCUGCAGAGCGCAGAUCGGGACGCCGAAGAUUUGGACAUGGGCUUCGGCACCAGCAGGUUCGAAGACGAGGCAGACUUUGACGACGCUCCGGUCAAGCUUUCGGAAUGGGGCAACGAUGACGACGAAGGGGACGGCAAGGGCGGCAAAAGCAAGAGGAAGAGGGGCCCUAAGAAGAGGAAGGGCGACGCCAACAACGCGGCCGAUGUGCUCAGGGUGAUGGAGCAGCGGAAAGCGGCGAGCAAGUCGUAA